GAAGUGUAUAAAGAACAACAUUUCGACUUGUCUCUUUCGUGUUUUUGUGGGGAUAUUAUUCGUUAAUUCACGUCCCUCCAAAGUUGCGUGUUUAUUUUUUAAUUUUGUUUGAUUUAGAAGAGUGAGGGAGUAGUGGUGAAAAUAAUUCGUUACGAGAAAGUGCAUUGGUUUUGCCUUUGAUUCGUUAUUUUUUAUAUUUUUGUGGGAUGUUCUUCAUCAAUCCGUAUUCAAAUUUACGUGUAUUUUUUUUUUUUUUUUUGAACUGUGAGGAAUGACUGGUGAAAAUAAUUCGUUACAAUAAAGUGAGACUGUUUAGAUUCGUUAUUUCAUAUAUAUCUGCGAGAAACUAUUCAUUAAUUUCUAUCUAUCGAAGAUUACACGUAUUUCAUCUGUAAGAAUAGUGAAGAAGUUCUGGUGAAAAUAAUUGCAGACGAUAAAACAAAAGUGUUUAGGCUACGGUGAGAAUAGCGACCAAAAAAAUAUCAAAGACGUAAUCAAUUGUUCAAAAUGUUUCGAUGAACCAAUAGAAGAUAAGAAUGCAGAUAUUGUUUAUCUUUUAUGUGCUCCCUACGUGGUGAUGUCCGCUCCUAUCACCAUUAAACAACACCGUGAAGAUAGGAAGAGGAAAGAGAUGAAGAAAGAGAUAGUAGUUGAUAGUAAUUAGAAGAGAGAGUGUACAGACGGACACCAGGCUGUGUUUGUGCGGGAAACAUUGUAGAAUUUCUGCGCCCAAAUUGAACCCCAUGGCCGGAGCAAUCAUCGAGCAGCUGCGCAUCCCUUGCCUGUACCUCGGGGAAGGCCCCUUGUGGCAGCCCGAUCUGGAGGCCCUGCUCGUCGUCGACGUGUUCGGCAAGGCAGUCAGGAGGCACUUCGUCAGAACGGGGAGACAUCAGGUCCUGCAUAUAGACGAUGACGGGGAGGCAAAGACAGUAACCAUGGUGAUUCCCGUCGAAGGGUCUCCUGACCUGUACCUCGUGACCGUCGGCAACAGGAUCUGCGUGGUGAGGUGGAGGACCGAGGACCCCGAUGAACACACUGUCAAGCCGAGAGUCCUUAAGGAUACGAAGGAUAGCCACUUUAAUGAUGCCAAGUGCGAUCCGAUGGGGAGGCUGUGGGUCGGAACCAUGGGCCCACAAGACGAAGCAGGCGAAAUGACACAGAUGUUCGCCGGGGCUCUCUAUCGGCUUGACCACGACCUUACGUUCAAUAAAUGCGUGGAUAAGGUAUCGUGUUCCAACGGCCUUGCGUGGAGUCCAGACCGAAAGACCUUCUACUAUAUAGAUUCUGAAGCCUUUUCUGUGGAUGCCUUUGAUUAUGAUGACGUCACAGGCAAUAUUAGUAACCGCCGGACUGUCCUCGAUUACGCAACAGCUUGUCUCGGAGGCGCUAUUCCCGACGGCAUGACGAAUGACAUCGAUGGGAAUCUCUGGAUCGCGAACUUCCGGGGCAGCCAGGUGAUCUGCGUCGACCCCGUCCAAGGCCGCGUGACCCGGCAGGUCGACCUCCCUUCCAAAAACGUGACCUCCGUGUGCUGGGGCGGUCCCGACGGCGCCACCCUCUACGUCACGUCGGGCAAGAUGCGACUCAGCCUGGAGGACCUCGAGCGAUGCCCUUCUGCAGGAGGAACCUUCGCCGUCACGGGCCUGGGCACGAGGGGCGCCCCGCCCACGGCCUUCAGGAGCGCCGUGGACCUGGCGGCCGAGUUCGACGUGGCUGGGUGAUCGGGGAAGGAAAGAGGAGAAAAGGAAGGAAAAGAAAAAUACACGUAUAUGCAGUAUAUGUGUGUG